AGUCCAUUUUGCGAGAUUUGCUUACUGCCGAGCGAUCCGACCCGAGCCCCUCCCCCUUCCCCACAGCUUCCGCGAGACGCCAGCGAAUCGGGAGCCGCCGCGAGCUUCGCGAGCCUCGCUUCGAAGGGCUUGAGAGUCGUCGGAGGAGAGAUGUUGAGGGUUGCGACCAGGAGGAUCCCUUCUCUCGUCUCGCCGUGGAGGCCCGGCCACGCCGCCGCCGCCGCCGCCGCCCCCAGGAACCCCGUCGGCGGCGGCCCCGAAUCGCCGCCCGUCGCGUCCGACGAUCUCAGAUCCGCCGGGUUCUCCGCGUCCUUCCUUUACCGGCCGGAGCUGAACCUGCCGCACAGAGGUUAUGCUUCAGAGUCGCUGACUCCUAGAAAGGAGGACAGUGUAGUUCCUGGUGUUCCACCAACUGUGGCUGCUGUUAAGAACCCCACUUCAAAGAUCACCUAUGAUGAGUACAAUCAUGAGCGCUUCCCUCCUGGUGACCCGAGCAAGCGGGCAUUUGCCUACUUUUGCUUGACAGGUGGUAGAUUUGUCUAUGCCUCACUUGUCCGUCUGCUUAUCCUCAAGUUUGUCCUGAGCAUGUCUGCCAGUAAGGAUGUUCUUGCUAUGGCUUCUCUUGAGGUUGAUCUGUCCAGUAUCGAGCCGGGCUCUACUGUGACUGUUAAGUGGCGUGGCAAGCCUGUUUUCAUCAGGCGUCGAACUGAGGAUGAUAUUAAGCUGGCAAACAGUGUUGAUUUGGCAUCUCUUCGUGACCCACAGCCAGAUUCAGACAGAGCUAAGGACCCCGAGUGGCUUAUUGUGAUUGGUGUAUGCACACACCUGGGUUGCAUUCCCCUGCCUAAUGCUGGUGAUUUUGGAGGUUGGUUUUGUCCAUGCCAUGGUUCUCACUAUGACAUCUCUGGUCGUAUUCGAAAGGGUCCUGCACCAUACAACUUGGAAGUACCUACUUACAGCUUCAUGGAUGAGAACAAGCUACUGAUUGGUUGAGGGGUCUGGAAAACUUCCUUUCGUUAAUUGGGAUGGCAAAGAUUUUUUAUCAACUUAAUAUUUUGAUAAUGUCGAAGAUUAUUGGUCUCAUCUGAGCAGCCCGGACUGUCGGGCGAAGUUCAGAUAUGUUUUGUAUAUUUCCUUCUGAGCGACUUUGUUUCUGCACUCAUUGCGUUUAACUGAAUAAUUAUUCUCGCACUCUGCUGGGCAGAGCUCGGGCUGAGCCUCCUCGACUUGUGUGGAACCACGUUGAUGAGUCCAAUUCUACCGUCUAUUUAUUGCA